AUUAAUGAUAAUCGAUUCCGCACAUCAUUAUAAAAUAUACAAAAAAUACUCUAGUUUUUGCAUUGAGCAAAAUCAAAAUAGAAAUCAGAUAGAGUUUUUUAUUAUUGUAUUACAAUCGAGUUAUUUGUUUUAUUACAAUUUUAGAACUAUCAGUGAAAAUAAUUUAUAUAUAUUGUUCAAAGUUUAAAAAGUACGAUAUGCAUAAGCUGUACAUCUAUUCAAUUCACAAUAUCAUAGUCUUAUUAGCACUUGUUAAGGCUUCCGAUGAAGUCAGUGAUAAAUUCCAAGCUGUAGACUGUAGCACUCUUAGAUUAGGACAGUUCAUCUGCCCCGACCCAAGUAUAAAUCCUAUUGACCCUGAAACACAACAGUAUCGUGGAUGCAUGAAAGGCGAAAUAAAUCCUUCUGAAGGAGAAGCAGAAGUGCAAUGCAUUGCUGCUGAUGGUAUAAUAUGCAAAGAAUCCAAUAGUUCUAUCUUCAAAAAGAAACUCCCAUGUAAAUGGACAAAUGGUUACUCACUGGAAAUUGCAUUGCUGCUAUCUGUGUUUUUGGGAAUGUUUGGCUUGGACAGGUUUUACCUGGGUUACCCAGGUAUUGGUCUAGCUAAGUUGUGUACUUUAGGAUUCAUGUUCAUUGGCCAGCUAUUGGACAUCAUAUUGAUCGCUGCACAGGUGGUAGGACCAUCUGAUGGUUCCGCUUAUGUUGUACCUUAUUAUGGUGCUGGUGUUACUGUUGUAAGAAGUGAUAAUGAGACAUAUUUGCUACCACAAGCAGACUGGCACAACAUCACUUGACAGUGGGGGACUAUUUCAUUUGACGUGGACGAAGAUUAUGAAUGGACAUAAUGUGAUUAUGUUUAUUACCAAAAAGAAUGUGUGUUCUCUAAAACUGUUGUGUAUAAAAUAUGUUUAUAAUGUUUACUUACUAUGCUAGUUUAAUUAAUUAAGUCAUAGGUGUAAACAUCCCAUAUACUUAGUUAACAAAUGACAUAAGGCUGAAAAUAUUACAAUUAUAUCUAUAAAUAUCUAUUUAUUUUGUCUUAUCAUUUCUAAUAAUAUCCAAUGUUAAUGAGAUGCUCAACAUGGUCAUUAAUAAAUUAACAAUACACAUACAUUGUCAUAUGUAUUUUAACAAAUAUUUAGUUCUACCUAACAAAUUUUCUAGGUGUUUACUUUGGUAGUUUCUUCUUGUUUAGCUGGUUGAGUUUCCUGAACAGCAAUAUCAGAUGAUGGUGCAGAAAGGGUAAAUAUGACAGGUAUUUCGGAUAAAAGAGGAUUGCCAUAUUUCUCCAAUAAUCUUAUCCAUGACAAAAGGGAAUCUCUUGAUGAGGUGCCUGAAAUUAAAUGAUUUUUUUCUUACUGUUGUCAAUGUAAAAUAAGUGUGAGAUUACUAUUCAUGUGAGAAAUAAAUUCUUAAAAAUUAUCAAAGUGUUUAAAAGACAAUACCUGUAGCACAUACUGCUACUAUUGUGCCAUCAUCUUGUUCAUGCACACUGCACUUUACUGAAGGUAUUUUUGUACUUCCUAUAAAACCAGGUAUGCCAAGUGGUUUUUGAAGAUCGGAAACAUCUGGAAGGAAAAUAAAUUUCUCAUUUAUGUAUAUUUAUGAAUAAAGAAAGGGUUAGUAACACAUAUCACUGUAAUUGACUCUUACCAUCAAUAUCCUUAUCAUCUUUAGGUUCAGGUCUUGUUUUACCAAUGAGGGUAAAAUAGGUAACAACUUGAUCUUUCAUAUAUACACUGAAUGGUCCCUUUACAACAAGUGCUAUAUCUGAAGGUUGUUCAGCAAGUAAGACUUUCUGGACUUCACUUUGUGCACUGACUACCCAGGUCUUAUCUAAAGAUGCUUCAAUUUCUUCUGUCUGACAAAAUUUCAAAGUUAUUGGAAGCUAUUUAUAUUAAAGGAUGUAAAUUAUAAAUAUGUUAUUGAUAAAUUAAACUUUUCAACAAGGCAAUGUUUGUAUCAAAUGUCAUCAUUUUUAUGUAAAAUCUACCAUUUUUUUGUCAAUAACACAAAAUUAUCUUGAAUUUGUUUUGAAAUUGAAGAGUAGUGAUAAACUUCACCUGCCAGACAUCAAGUUUUACUUCAGGAUCCACCGAGGUAAUUCUUUGAAUAGCCAUUUUUGCUAAUUCUAAAGUAUCUUCAGGCAAUUUUUCAGGCAAUAACCAUGGACUCAGAUUCUUAAACUUAGGCAUCCAGUACAUCAUCCUCCAAAACUUUCUAAGAGGAAUACCUCUACGGCCAAAAAUGUUCAAUAGCAUUUGUUCCAUUUCACUAUCAGGCAUCACUCCUAUAAGUCAUAAAUUCUAAGUUAAUUAAACAAAAUCUAUGAAAUAUACUAGACAAAGCAAUUUAUAUUUUUAAUUUACCAUUAUCUUCCAUCUGCUCUAAUAAAUCAACUGCACAUUGUUGUUGUUUAGGAUAAUGCAUAAAUUCAGCUUGAAAUAUAUUUGUCGGAAUAAAUCUUCCCUUAGGCAAUACGUCUACCAGUGCCUUGUAAGCUUCUAGAUCUUUAUGUACACCAAAUUCUUUCAUUCGGGCAAGAGCAGCAUAAAUAAAUUCAACAUGACCUCUUCUUCUUGUAUCUCGAGUUUCAAAUAUUUUAAUAGCUUCUAAAUAAGUUUUCUUGUCUUUCUGUGGUUUAUUCACAAACGGAUCAUAAAGAGUUACAUUUUUUUCAUUACUUUCAAAUCGUUUUAUAGUAAUAAUAGAUGGUCUAGCUCUUAAAAAAGUUUUUAAAAUUCUAGCAGCCAUAGAGGUUAUACUUAUAGUUGAAAAUUAAGCUAAUUAGGUAUAGGUAUCCUAAUAAUUUUAUGAAUCUAUCUUGUCAUGAAACAAGUUCUAUAAUAUAUUAAAACUUCGUAAAACUGCACAUUUCACCAUUUAUUAAAGCUU